UUGAAAUUUAUUAUAGGGUCGACGUCUGGAAUCGGGCAUGCCACGGCUGUACUUUUCAAUAAACUUGGUGCGUCUUUGGUAAUUACAGGAAGAUCACCCGAGCGCCUUGCAGAUCUUUCCAAUGAAUUAUUAAACAAUCAUGAGGCAGAAGUUUUUGCAUUUCCGGCGGACAUCAGUAAAGAAGACGAAAUUAAUUUGCUAGUUCAAGCAGCAAUCGAACGCUACAACCACUUAGAUAUUUUGGUAAACAAUGCUGGAAUAUUAGAAAAGGGAACGAUCGAAGAUACUACACUCGAGCAGUUCGACCGAAUUAUGAACGUUAACAUCCGGUCAUUAUUUUAUCUGACACAUCGUUUGACUCCAUAUUUGAUUCUUUCUAAAGGUUGCGUUGUUAAUGUAUCAAGCGUCAACGGAAUUCGUUCGUUCCCUGGUGUUCUCGCUUACAAUAUCUCCAAAGCAGCAGUUGAUCAGUUCACUCGAUGUGUUUCACUGGAAUUGGCUUCUAAAGGUGUUCGAGUCAAUUCAGUCAACCCUGGUGUUAUCAAAACGGAAUUGCAUCAUAGAAGCGGAAUGGACCAAACUGCAUAUCAAGCAUUUUUAGAGCAUUCUGAAUCAACUCAUGCAUUGGGUCGUGUCGGUCAGCCAGAAGAAGUUGCUAGCGCAAUUGCUUUUCUUUCUAGUAAUGCAGCUUCGUUCAUUACGGGAGUAUCGAUUCCAGUCGACGGUGGUAGACAUGCGAUGUGUCCACGUUAG